AUGGUGAUUAAGAAGAAAAAGGAUAAUGAGGCACUUCUCAUAGAUGUCGCAGUAAUAAGCAACAACGUGGAACAAACGUGCGGCGACAAAAUUUCUACAUACAUGAACCUAUGCUUUGGAAUUAAGGGUUUAUGGAAGUAUGAAAAAUUUGGCUUCAUUCCAUCAUUGCCGGACAAACAAUCGCCUAUGUGCCUUUUAUGCAACAAAGUUUUAGGCAAUGACGCCAUGAAACCACCUAAACUGCAAGAUCAUCUGAGAAGAUGCCACCCUGAUAAAACUGAGAAAGAUUUGAAAUACUUUCAAACACUCAAAGAUAAAUUUCAGAAGAGACCUACACUGGACAGAAUGUUCGCUUCGACGUCACAAAGCAAUGAUGAUGGUUUGCGGGCGUCUUACAAUAUCUCGUUACUUAUAGCAAAAUCCGGAAAACCACAUACUAUCGGAGAGAAGUUAAUUUUGCCAGCCGUUGAAGAGGUUUUAAAAACUGUUUUACACAAACCUGCAUCUGAUAUCAUUAAAAGAAUUCCCUUAAGCAACAAUACCGUUGAAAGACGUAUUGAUGAAAUGAGUUCUGAUACUGAAAGCUUCUUAUGUAAUUAUUUGCAAACGACCCAUUUCUCUAUACAACUGGACGAGUCAACUUUACCUGAUAAUGCAGCAUUAUUAUUGGCAUAUGUUCGUUUUAUUAUGAAUCAAGAAAUCUACGAAGAACUGCUCUUCGCAAGAACUCUGAUAACCGACACUAAAGAUUUUGAAUCUAGGUUUGAGAAUAUUUUGACUAUGGUAAUACCACCGUGGAUAAUUAAUCCAUAUGGUGACAUAGAAGAAACGAAUGUCAUAAUACACGAGGAACUGACUGAACUGAGUACAAACGAAGAACUUAAGGUUCAGUUUAAAAACGGAUAUCAGCAAUUCUGGCUGCAAAACAACAUACCCGUUACUUAUCCCUUCUUGAUGUCAAUGGUCCGCGACUCAUCUUUGGUGACAGACGAUGUUCCAAAAGACAAGUGCCGAAGGGCAAAGGACACUGCAAACAAUUUUAAACUUGAUUGUUUUUCUUUGCUUAAGAAUCCAAGCUGUUUGGCUGAGCGGGAACAAAACACUUGUAAGUAA